AUGGAGGAGAAGGAGCCGGAGGGUAGCAUUGCCUUGGCUCUGAGUCAUGGACUGCGGUCUCUUUGCAUCAUCGAGGCGCUUCUGACCCAAACCCCUGGACAGAGUCGGGAGGAGGUGCAGUGCAGAAAGCAAACUCAAGAUCUGCAAGGCUUGCUGAUGAGGUCUCUCAGUGUGAAUCACCCUGCGACCUUCUUCCGGGCUUUGUGCCUUUCGCUGGGUGUGAAAGGAAAGGCUCCCAAGGGAAAUGCCUCGACCUUGUUGGCGGAGCAGGAGUUUGUCUCCCACCUUUCUAGCCGAGUGAUGAGAGCCGCUGCCAAAGCCUUAAAAGAUCGUCGAGACAUUCGUGACGAUGACGAGGAGGCUGAGGAGGGGAGCGCCACCAGCAGAGAAGCCAUCAUCCAACACGUUUGCAAACGCUUUCUCUCGGGUGAUCAUGCAGAGAUGGGCACCUCUUGGGAGUUCUUGGAUGAAAUCUGUCGAUUCUCCCAGUCCAGCUCUAUGCUGAGCUCAGCACUGCCGAAGGCCGGCACGUUCCUGGCUUCGUUGGCGACCUCGCCGGAUGAAGCUGCCACCAGAGCUGCGGUGAAAUGCUGUCAGUGCGACGGCUCCUCAGAUACGUAG